GCUCUGCGCUGCCGGCUCUGCCUGGGGCUGCGCCUCGCACCGGGCUCCCCAAUGUCAGACUCGCUGCUCAACCACUCCUGGCCCUCCUUCUCAAAGCGCUGGAAGAAGAGAUGGUCCUUUAAGAGAGGGUCUGACUGCAAGCCGUGCCUACGGGAGUUCUCUGACCACAGCUCCCCUGCUUUGGAGUGUCCCAGCCCCAAACGCUUCCUCCCAUCCCUGAUUGCUGAGGAUGACACCUUCUGCACCAGCAUGGCUGAAGAAAAGGAGGACUCGUCUUCCACAGAGCUGGAUGUCCCAGCCCUGGACCUGCACAGCAGCACAGAGGACCUGCUCUCGGAUUCUGCCCUCCAGGGCACGGAGUAUUACAGAGAUCUGGGACUCCUGAGCCCACCGGUUCCCAAAGCAACUUCAGAGAUGGCAGCACAGCCAGAACAAGCAGCCCGGGCUGUGUCUGCCAUUCGCCUCCUGGAAGAGAGGCCGGGGGCUCUGCACAGACUGUCUGUGGAUGUUGCUUUUCCCAGCCCCGUUCCCUGCUCCGCGCGUUACGACCGGCCCGGCUGCCACUGCCUGAGCAGAGCCCGCCUCAGCUCCCCUGCAGCUGCCCCAGAAGAUGGUACCAGCGCUUCCGAGGGUCCUGCUGAGGCAGGCAAAGAGCUGGACCUGCAGGAGGAGGCCAAGGAGUCCUUCCCCACGCUGGUGAGAUCCAUGUCUACCUCUCGGAGGCACAGCUGGGAGAGCCCUUUGUCACCCGUGGACUGCAGGCGCAGGUUCAGCCUGGAUACCACAGAAACAGGCAGUGACCCAGAGCAGGAGGAUGUGCAGAAGGGCCAGUCCUGCCCACAGCCUCGUGUGUCCAUUCAUCUGCCCAAAGGGGAACUGGAAACCUGGAGCAGCAGCAGCAGGGCUGGCACGGUGAUCAAAGUGGAGAUAGAGCCACUGCACCCAAGCCUCAUGCUCAGCCCUGGCACCCAGGAGAGGGCAUGUGGCACCAAUGGGAAGAGAUUGAGGUCCAAGUCUGUCCCAUCAGCCUGUGAGACAGUUGUCUCCCCUCAGAUUCCUUGCAGCUUCAACACUUCUCUUCCACCUGUGGAAGGUGUUGAACCCCCUGCUCUGGAGAUGCUGGAGAAGGACCACGUGUCCCCAGACCAUGUGCUAAUUGUCCACCAGGUACUUCAGGAGCUGAAACAAUAUCAUGGGGCAAAGAAGAGAGCUUGUGUGCAAGAAGGCAGCAGUUCUUCCCAGCAGAACAUCACCUGGUUUGAGUUCCUGUCUAAUGAAAACGAGGAGAGUGGGAAGAGUGAUAAAGCAGAGAAGGGCACGAAGGUGAUGAGACGUCUGAGUUCCCUGCGGAGCCGAGUCACUGGGUCCUGGCAGAAGGAUAAGGGUAAGAACAAAGAGCAGCCAAAAGAGAGAGAGAAGGAGAAAGAGACAAAGGAGCCAAAAGAGAGGUGGAAAGAGAUCAAUAGGCACCAGCUUGUGCCAGGGGUUUUCUCCAGUUGCACCAGCUGCUCACUGUGUGCCAAACCUCUUGUGAAUAAAAGUGGUCUGCAGUGCCUGAAUUGUGCAGUGAAUGUCCAUAAGAACUGCAAGGGUUUACUGGGUGAAUGCAGCAGCAUCAGACCCAAGCAGAAGGAUUUGCAGCACAGACCUUCUGGAUCUCCACAGAGUUCACCCCAGUGCAUUUCCCCAGCAGCUUCCCUGAAGGAGCAGCCCCGAAGUCUUCUCCUGGGACCGGAUGGCACCCCAGGACUGUCACGGAAUCUCGGCAUGACUAUCGCCCAGAGAGGAAAUUCUCAGGCUCCUUUGAAUACUGCUGGAGCUGUUAGCAAAUUGGGACUAAUUCCAGGAGACAUGGAUGAAGGAGAUUCAGGCUUUAUAAAAUUUAAGCAGACUUCAGAUGAUGUUGUCUCACUUGCACCUACAACAGCAGACUCCACUUUUCUGGAAGAUGCAUAUUUUGUAUCUCUCCGGAGUGAAAUAGAAGCAGAUGCUCAUGAGUUUGAGGCAGAGUCUUGGAGUGUUGCAGUGGAACAGCCCUAUGCAAAAAGGCAAAAGAAAGAAGUUAUAAAAAGGCAAGAUGUGAUUUAUGAGCUGAUGCAGACUGAAAUGCACCAUGUCAGGACACUGAAGAUAAUGCUGAAGGUGUACUCCAAAGCCAUGAGAGAGGAGCUGCAGUUCCCAAAUGCAGUCAUCAACAAGCUCUUCCCCUGUGUGGAUGAGCUGCUGGAGCUCCAUGCACAAUUCCUGCUCCAGUUAAAGCAGCGACGGAAGGAAUCCUUGGAAGAAGGCAGUGACCAAAAUUAUAUAAUCCAGAACAUUGGAGACCUCUUGGUCAAACAGUUUUCAGGUGAAAAUGGGGAGAGAAUGAAAGAGAAGUAUGGUGUGUUCUGUUGUGGACACAAUGAAGCUGUUACUCACUAUAAAGACCUGCUCCAAAGCAAUAAGAAGUUCCAAAACUUAAUAAAGAAAAUUGGCAACUGUUCCAUCGUGAGGAGACUUGGUGUCCAGGAGUGCAUCCUCCUGGUGACGCAGCGCAUCACCAAGUACCCGGUCCUGGUGGACCGUAUUAUUCAGAACACAGAAGCUGGAACUAGAGAUUAUGAAGAGCUGACCCAGGCCCUCAGUUUAAUUAAGGACACAAUCACCCAUGUGGAUGCCAUGGUAAAUGAGUGUGAGAAGGGGCAACGCCUGAAAGAGAUUAUGCACAAAAUGGAGCUGAAAUCAUCUGGGAAAUACAAAAAUGGACUUUUAUUCCGGAAGGAUGACAUGGGCCAGAGGAGGCUGCUGCUGGAUGGGAUGCUCUACUGGAAAGCUGCAUCAGGACGACUCAAAGAUAUCCUGGCAGUCCUGUUAACUGAUGUACUGUUGCUCUUGCAAGAAAAGGACCAAAAAUACACAUUUGCAUCAGUGGACUCUAAACCACCAGUUAUCUCACUGCAAAAGCUGAUUGUAAGAGAGGUCGCUAAUGAGGAGAAGGCAAUGUUCUUAAUUAGUGCUUCCUUAAAAGGACCAGAAAUGUAUGAAAUUCACACUAGCUCCAAAGAGGAGAGGAAUUCCUGGAUGGCACACAUCCGCAGAGCUGUAGAAAGCUGUCCUGAUGAAGAAGGAGGAACAUUUAAUGAACCUGAAGCAGAGAGGAGGCUGGCUGAAGCAAGAGCUGCCAAGUUAAAAGAUUUUCAAGAGCGUUUGAACAUGAAAGAUGACCUGAUCCUGCAAAGUCUGACUGAGAAGCAGCAGAUUUAUCUGGAGAUGUCUGAAAUGAAUGGGUUUGAAGACCAUUCCCAAGGAUCCCGAUCCAGGCUGCUGCUUCGAGGGGAUACCUCAGAAAACCUGCAGGGGGAGGUGAUCUUGAAGUCUGCAGUGACAGAAGCUGAAAAUCUCCAGAACUUGAUCUUCACUCACCUGGGCUGUGGAUCCUGUCAGCCUGAAGAUGGCUCUGGGUCAGGGCUCCCCAGGAGGGCAGAGACCUUUGGAGGAUAUGACAGUAGUCCCUCAAUUUCCAAUAAAAGUGGUAGUUCUAGGAAGAACAGCAGUGGUGACCAGAGGCAGUGGGAGUGGAGAGGCCCUGCAGUGAGUUCAGAUGUGCAGCUCCAUGAGCUCCCCUCUGAUGCAGAAGAAGGACCUCAAACUAGUGAUGGAACAAGGCUGGAUGACAGCAGUGGGUUUCAGCCCACCAUAGAGUCUCAGCUUGUCCAAAGGAUACAGACACUGUUACAGUUGCUCUUCAGUCUCCAGGCAGUGAUAUCCCAGCAGGACAGCUACAUCGAGAUGCAACGCGCCACCAUGGCAGACCGGGAGAAGCAAUACCGGCUGCAGUCUACACGGGGCAACCUGCUGCUGGAGCAGGAGAAACAGAGGAACUUUGAAAAACAAAGAGAAGAACUGAUGAAUGUCCAGAAGCUCCAGAACCAGCUGAAGCUGGAGCAGCAGCGCCUGGAGCGGGAGAGGAGUCGGCAGCAGAGGGAAUUCGGAAGCACGGAAGCGCGGCUGCAGGAGCGCGAGGAGGAGACGCGGCAGCUGAGAGAGAAGUUGAACCAGGAGAGGGAAGAGCUGGAGAGGCAGCGAGAGGCCUAUCAGCACGACCUGGAGAGGCUGAGGGAGGCACAGAGAGCAGUGGAGAAAGAGAAGGAGCGUCUGGAUCAGCUAAGGAAGCUGAAGAAGCAGAACACGGUGUCCGGCGCUUUCUCCCCAGAAAUGGGACAGAACCAGAUGCUGAGUCAUUCCAUGAGCUUCAACGGAGAAGGGAUGGAACCAUCUCUACCUGUCAUGAAAACCUCAGUGAGAGUGAGUGUCUCUGGGCUGGAUUACCUGGAGAGGCCAGACCUGGUUCGUAGGGACAGUACCAGCCUGGAGAACCGGCCAGCCCUGGCUCUGAAGAAUGAAGUGCCAAUCCAUCUCCUGAGUGCAACUAAUCAGAUCCAGAAACCAGCUGCAGUCCAGCAGCAGAUUCCCACGAAACUGGCCACUUUCACAAAAGGAAGCAAAGAGAAAGGUGGGAAGAACAAAGCAUCUCAUAGGACAGACAGCUCAGCAUCUGUGGAUCAGAAGCAGCUGCUUCCCCCCAGGCUGGUUGGACGAGAGGAGGGUGUCCUGAGGGGCAGAAGAUCAGCAAGCCCCGUCCUCCCGAGCAGCCAGCCCCCUGCAUUCCAGCCAGAAUUUUACAGCCCUUUAGAUGCUCAGCCAGAACCACUCCCACCUGCCUCAGCAAACCUGCUCAAGCCCAACAACCUUCACAUUCAGACCCUGGUGACCCCUCAGCCGAGUCUCCUGAACGUGCAAGAUGAUACCAGCAAAGAAGAUGUGAUUUUCUUCUAGUUGUUUCCCUGUAAAGAUUAAUCUUCUAACAUACUGUUUGAAGAACUCAGGCCCCAGUGCUCAGCAUGACAGAGACCUGACAUGGAUGUCUUUUCAUCCCUGCCCCAUUACUACUAGCAAGGACCAGACCAGGAUUACUGUUUGACUUUGUUGGCUCCUCUGCCAAAUUGAACAGGUUUAACAGAUUAACAGCAAAGCUAAAUUUGCUUUUCAAUUCUCCAAAUGUGGAAAUAAAUUCAGAGCAUACUAAAAUGCUGCCAUUUAUUGUAAUUUGUUCUUUUUGGAGAGUGUACAGUUGUGGUGGGCACCAUCUUGUCAAUUGUUAUCGUUGAUGUUGAACCGCCCGGAUUUUUAUGUAAAAAGGUUUUAGUAGUAAGUCCCAAAAUGGCUGCACUUUCUUAAAUCCUUUUUCACAAGUGCAUGGUCAGGAAUGGAUGAUGCUAAUGGUAUGUUGAUAACUAGCAAGCUAGUCUCCUUACAGCCAGGCCUGACAGACAUGGUGAGACCCACUCCUAGGAGCCAAACCAGCCUCUCUGUUCCUUUGGUGAGCUCAGUGGAGCACAUCCUCAGUGGCCAGGCACUGGAGAGAGAAGGUAAGCUUCCUAAGAGUCUUCAAGGGUGAGGAGCUCCACCUGCUUGUGGCUGAGAUGGGUUGGCCACAUGAAAACACACAACAAUGAUGAAGAGUUGGACUAAAGGCAUGUUUCACUGCCCAUCAGCUUGCACUGGGAUCCUUGUCUCCUUGGAGACACUGGGCAGCUCUCUGUGUUGGUGGGAGUGGUGCAUGUUCCUGAGCAAAACUUGGUUCAGAAUGAACUUAAAGACUUGGAUUUUGUUCUUUGCUGAAGACGUGAAAGAAGUGUUUGAAUGCUGUAAUUUAUUGUCUUGUUUAAUCCUAAGUUUUCUGCAUCUUUUGUUUGUCUCUUUACUUGUUGGGACUUUACUCCAAGUACCAGAAGAUAUCAAAGCUGCUGUUACUGCAGAGCCUUCUCUGCAGCACUGUUAGGAAUGAAGGGAAUAAGAACUGUUUGGUUUUAAAAUUAAAAAGGAAAAAAAAAAGCAAAUACUCUUAGCUAAACCUGUGUUGGUUUAGCUGCUUUACAGCUAAACCAGCUUUGAUACCUCUUGUUAAAUGGGUCAGUUCUUAAUCAUGCAAUGGUGAUGCCAUUAAGUGUUCUGCUCAAAAGGCAUUAUUUCCCUUUGUAGUAAUUUGCACAGUCCUUUUGUUGUGUUGUAUUUUUCUCUGUAUCUCAGUUCUUUAUUACACAUACCUCUUAGGGGGGUGUGUGUUCCAAUAUAUGUUGAAUGUGACCAGCCAGAUACAUUGUGCACAGGAGAGAUUGUUUAGAAGGUAUUAUUACAGAAUUAAAGAGAUUAGUAUGUCAGAGCUUAAAAACUUGGGUUAAUACCUAUUAGAACAUGAUUGAUAACAGGGUUUUUUAUAUCUGGAACUCUGGUUGAAAGUGAUUUUUAGCACUGGUGGAUGGAAUGCCUGGUCAGUUCUCCAUCCAGUUGCUUGGUGAUGGCAUCAAAAGGCAAUUUGUCACUCUCCUCACAUCAUUGAUGUUGCCUCUUAAUUCACUUUGCUUGAAAGUGUUAAAAUUAUUUCAGUAGCUAAAGUGCAAGAAACAUAAAUCUUCAGCAGAAAAGAGAGUGUGUUUGCAUGGGGAGGUAAUUUGGGUUCUUGUCUUCAGAUGAGAAACUGAAAAAUCCAAAAUUACUGCUCAGUGUGAGAGGGGAAAGUUAAGGUACAGAACCAUUAAUUGCUCUUCAGGAGCAAUACGGUGGUGAUGAUGGUUGGAACCUAGUUCUGCCCUCUUCAUUUUUUGCAUUCCAAAGGCUGGGUUGGAAUGCAGGGGAAUUCUUCAAAUGAAUUCAACUUCCCAUCGAGCCAGCCAGUGGGAUCCACUAGCUGUGCAGGACUGAGCUCAGUCGGGUGACGGGGAGGCUCCAGGCCUCUGUGAUAACAGAGCCAUAGCAGAGAAGGGUUUGAGUUGGAAGGCACCUUAAAGAUCACCUAGUCCCACCCCCCCUGCAUGGGCAGGGACACCUCCCACCAGGUUGCUCCAAGCCCCAUCCAACCUGCCCUUCAACACUACCAGGGCUGGGGCAGCCACAGCUUCCCUGGGCAACCUGGGCCAGUGCUUUCCUGCUCUCGUGGUGAAGAAUUUCCUCCUUAAGUACAACCAAAAUCUCCCCUCUUCCAGUUUUAAUCCAUCCCCCCUUGUCUUCUCCCUCCCUGCCCUUGUCCUAAGUCCCUCCCCAGCUUUCCUGGAGCCCCUCCAGGCACUGGAAGGUGCUCUGAGGUCUCCUUGGAGCCUUCUCUUCUCCAGGCUGAACACCCCAACUCUCCCAGCCUGUCUCCAGAGCAGAGCUGCUCCAGCCUUGGAUCAUCUCAGUGACCUCCUCUGGACUCUCUCCAUCAUCUCCAUGUCCUUAUGUUGGGGGCCUUGGAAUUUGACACAAUAUUCAGUCAUCCUUGAUCCCUGUAGAAUUUCUCUGGGAACAGACAGUGGAGCAAGAGGAAUGCACAGUAUGUUCUCUCCUUCGUGCUGUGGUUUGGGGCACUCCUAGUGAAAACUCUGUGCCUCCAAUGCCUUAAAUUACCAGGUUUUUAGGAGUUUUAGCCUAAAGCAAAGUUGCAUCAGUGGAAUAAACCACACCUCAACCAAGGAGGGAUGUCUCUGGGUAUUUGCAAAGAAUUUUUGGAAACACUUACUUAGUUUAAUUUUAUGCCUGUCCUAAAGCAUGGGAGAGAGUUUUGUAGGGACUGAAGGGGUUUAUUUGGCUGCUUUCUCCUUCUGUGCAAUGAAUGAACUCAGAUACAGAACAGUGACAGCUGGAAAGUGAAGUCUGCAGUGAGGUCUCAUUUCUUUUCAUGUUUUAACUUAAAUAUGACUGGUUUAAUACUUGUCAGCAGUGCUUUGGGUAAGUUCUGACUGUUAGCCAGUGGACCCAGGACUGUUACAGGACGGACUGUUAAUUCAACACCCAAAAAGCUCCUUGGAAUGUGGGUCUUCAAUCUGUAACUGAGAAAUUACCUCUGAACAGAGACUGCAUCUCCUGUUGCUUGGCUCAAAAUGAUGUCUGUGCCACACUAGGUAUCCCUGUGGCUUCCUGGUCAGUCCCUCACCCAGCAUGGAGAAGGCUUUAGAACUAGCAAAUGCUGUGACUCCUCAUUGCUAGUGUGGAGUUCUAGCUCACCAGAGUGUGGCAGAACGAUUUGUGGAAGGCUGAGGGAAACAAAAGGGUUUUUUUGUUUUUAAAUGAAGAGUGGGUCAUCACUUCUGCAAAGCUGAAGCUGUGAAAUUGUUACCAUAUCACUCCAAUUGGGUGAACUCGUUUUGGACUCUACUCAAAUCUUGUUCGUAGAGAAAAUAACCCUCCUAGGCAAAUUAGAUUGCAAAAUACUGCUGUGUCCUGGGCUAGGUAACUUGCUCUUGGUUCUGAGGAAUAUCCUUUCCAUUUGACUUUUUGAUGGCUUCAGAUGGAAGUUGCCUUUUCAGUGAUACCUGAGGAUUAGACAGUUAGAAAUUUGGUGCCUCCCGGGUGCCUUUUGGCUUCUUUCAGAGCUGGGGUGUGGAGGAAGUUCCAGCAGGAGCUUUGAACUGCCUCCUUCUUUGCUUUGUGUCACAGCCUUGAAAUGAUUGUCAUGUUUGUCUUCAGUAUCGUGACGUUGCAACGUAGAGGCUGUUCCUAUGGUUCUGAUUUUCCAUUUUCAUGGUGUGAAGGAUUGUUUCCUCUAUCCUGGACAUCUUGUAGUGCAGACUGAAGAUCCCUCCACCUUCACUAGCACCAUCUACCCUGUGUGGAUUGUCAAUGCUUUCCUAGUUUUUUAACUGUGCUAUCUUGUGGAUUGUAGUCGUGGCAUGUCCCACAGGCUGAGGUUGCUGAUCAUUUCCCAGUGUGAGGCAGAAGAACUGGUGUUUUAGAGGCGCUUGCUCAUCCAGGUCAUAGUGUUCCUGCAGAGGUAGGAGCAAUUCUAAAUAAUUUUUGGGCAGUUUUUGUCUUUCUGAUGAGUAGUCAGAUGCUCCUUCAUAGGUGGAGCUUGCUGUUUGCCAUUUGCAUUUACAACAAAAGUGGAAACUUCAACUAGGAAGGGAUUAAAAAUAGGUAUUUUGUCUCACUUCUCUACUUUGAACUCUGCAGAAUAAGGAGCUCAGGCUCCCCCGGUGCUGCUCAGUGGAGUCCCUGUGUGUUGUGCCCCCGUGCAAAGGGAGUUUGGAGCAUUUUGUUGUCUUCCCCAGCAGUUCUCACAUUUACAAGAAAAUAAAAAGAUGAUCUUGAGGCCAGGUUACACACGUGCUACCCUUGCCUGACCUUCCUGCUGAAUAGGUAAAAGAAAAGCCUGUUCCCCUACUCUCUUUUGAGGCCAGACCCAACAUCUUUGUAACCACUGGCAGCUCUUUGUCAUUUACCAUCAGCAUGUUAUUCAUCAAAUACCAGUUGUGUGAGCUCUGGUUCAUACCAUUAGUGCCAUGUUUAUAAAUCAGUUUUUUAUAUUUUUGUACUGAAAGACAUUGGAGCACUUUAGAAAAAGUUUUCUUUCCAAUUCCAUUUCUGUUUGUACCUGGCAGGAAACCUCUCAUGAAAGUAGAUCCUGUUGGCAUGACUGCAUCUCACUCAGAGCUGUGAAUUCUCUUGAUGCUCUUUAGUCUUAGGUCUGGUUUCUAGGCCCACCUUGCACUGUAAAGAUGUAAUAAAUAAAAAAAAAAUCAUGGUCUGUGGUGAAAUCGACCAUUUUGUUGGGGAAGAGUUUGUUUUGUUUUUUGUUAGGGUGUAAACAUUGUAAAUAAUUCAUUUACUGUUGAUACUGCUGUAGCAACAUCUUUGUAGCCCUUAUUUUAUUUGUAAAGUUGAUGGUUCAAUGUUAAUAUUCUGUUGGAUUGUGCACUCUUGGUUAAUUGUAAACUUGAUCUUAGCACUCCAAAUGAUGAUUUUUACUAUGAUUGCAAUGUUUCUCCACUGAAAGAUUUCAGAGCUGCAAUAGGACUGAAACCAACUUCUAGCAAUAAAAAUUUAAAAAAGCAUUUAAAAACUGA